GCGCUUGAGUUGUCUAUUUAAUAAUGGUGCUCUCCAGUCUUGUUCUAUGGCUGAAGUUGCUUCUACUGAGCAGCUCCAGUGAAACUGGGUCAGGAAUACCGAGUUAAACUGGGCAAGAGCUUCACCUUCCCCAGGGAGAACGCCUAUCACACCAUCAAAUAUGUGGUGACUGGCGUUAGUAUUGUUGAUGGCCACUGUAUCAGAUGACUUGAAGCCUCUGUCAGUGGAUCCCACAAAGCCUGGUAAACUGUGAGUGACUGAUGAUGAAGUGAAUGUACAGGCUGAGUGGACUGAUGAUGUGGCCCAGUUCAGAGGACCCAAGAAGCCUGUCACUAAAGAGUGUGUGCUCAUCAUAGACACUGUGUCUGGGGAGGCAGUACUGGAGAGGAUCAGUAACAACAUCCAACUCAAGGCCAUAGGUUAUUAGUAGGACACUCAGGCAGAGUCAAGUGUAUUAUGUGUGUACACUAACCACUAGGACACCCUCUAUAAUUAUUACAGCCCAGGUUAAUGGAGUUGCUUGCUUAUAAUUAUAGACAAAAUCUACUGUAGCAAAAGUCACUAAGGGCACCAAAAUGUAAUAGCUCCCCAAUGGUUUGGGGACUCUUCAGCUGCCAUAACUUGAAUUCUGUGUAUCCAAUUUCAACGAUUUUAUGAUUUUCUGAAAGCUUAGAAAGAGACCUUUCAAAUGGUGUCAUCAAAGUUUAUAUUUAAGAGAUAAACGUUUUUGCCAAUUUGGCAAUACCAUGGAUUAUUGCCCAUGGUCCAAAGGCGAAAUAUGACAAAUUAAGGCCCCUACAAAAGUUUGGAUUUAAACACAUAAUUUGAAAGGUCUCUUUCUAAGCUUUCAGAAAAUCAUAAAAAUUUGGACAUUGGAUCAUCAGUACUGAAGUUAUGGCUGUUGAAAGAUACAUGGACGGAUGAUGAAUGCGUACGCUGACCUUGUGUUCCAGUUUGGAAUGGCUGACGAGAACCAAGCCACUUACAUUUAUUCAAAGACCAACAUGGCUGUGCAGUACAUCAAAGCUGAAUGGUUUUACGAUGGCUUCAAGAUUUUUGAUGCUCUGCUCAACGGAGAUCUGAUACCGUAUCCUACGUACUUGUACAACAUCACUGGAUCCACCAACUACAACAUUCUCAGGACCUCGCUAGCAUAUGCCUCAGUACAAUGCCAUUUCUGGCUACCACAUCAUGGAGGCUGGUGCUGACCCUGUGCUGGAGUUGGCCUUCACUGUGGCUGAUGGGCUAGAGUACUGCAGGACAGGGACGGACGCAAGUGAUGAUGAAUGCGUACGCUGACCUUGUGUUCCAGUUUGGAUGGCUGACGAGAACCAAGCCGCUUACAUUUAUUCAAGGACCAACACGGCUGUGCAGUACAUCAAAGCUGAAUGGUUUUACGAUGGCUUCAAGAUUUUUGAUGCUCUGCUCAACGGAGAUCUGAUACCAUAUCCUACGUACUUGUACAACAUGACUGGAUCCACCAACUACUACAACAUUCUCAGGACCUCGCUAGCCUCCCCUGAUUUUAACUACUACGUUCCCUUCAUCAACACCACUGACAUCAGACGAACCAUUCAUGUCGGCAGUCUCAGCUAUGGCUCUCAGUCUGAAGACGUGGUAAUGGCCCUUGGAAACGACAUUAUGGACACAGUGAGGGACUGGUUGUCAGUACUCAUGGAGAACUACAAGAUAGGAGAUGAUGUUGCCGGGUAUGUGAGGACAGUGAACAAGUUUAUGCAGGUGGUCGUGAGAGGGGGUGGGCACAUUCUCCCGUUUGACCAGCCGGAGAGAGCACUCAACCUCAUCCAGAACUUUGUGAACAUGCAAUUGUGCUUCAAGUAUAAAGAUAAAAACUGUAUUUAGUUCUAGAAUCUAUAAUUUUAGUAGUGUAAUUUAAUAGUGUUGUUUUAAAGAAUUGAAGAGAAGAUUAUAAUUAUUUUUAUGCCAAAUCAA